AUGGAUCGAUUAAUUAAAAUAAGUAAUAAUCUAUUUGUCGAUUUAAAUAACUACUAUGAGAAAAUUGACGAAACAGAAGAUUUAAAUAUUUUUGACAAAACUAAUAAUGAGUGUGUAGAAAACAAUAUAAAUAAUGCUGAUAACGAUUGUAAAUUGAAAAUAAAAAAAACAGUGGAUAUUUUUAUUAAUUUGACAAAAAACAAAAAUAUAGAUUAUUGUACUUCUAUAAAGUUUAAAGAUACCAAACUAGACAUAAUUAAAUUAAUUCAAGGGAUUAAUAAUUCGUAUAUGAAGAAUGAAGAAUAUCAUUAUCUACGAUUAAUGAUGAUAAUAUGCUUAAAAAAUUAUAUUUUCGAAUAUGUGAAUAAAUAUUUAAAAAAUAUUAUUAAUAACUAUGAAAAGAAGAAACAUAAAAAAGAAAUUAACAAUUUUAGUAGUUUAAUAUACAGUAAAAAUGAUGGUAAAACAGAUGGUAUAGAAAAUGUGCAACUAUCUCAAAUGCAACCUUUAUAUAUCAAUUUUUUAAAUGAAAAUAUUAUUGAGCAUUCUAAGUUAUUGGAAAAUACUGAUAAUAAUUCUAAAAGGUUUAAAGAAGAAGAAUGGAUUUAUUUAAGAGAAAAGAUAUUGUUGUUGAUUAAAAAUUCAUGUGUAAUAAAUGAUAGAAAAAGUAAUAAUUUUCCUAGUUUUGAAGAGUAUAUUAAUAAUAAUAUGCAUAAAUCUUUCAAAAAAUAUAAAACCAUAAUUGAGAUGAAAAAGUUCAACAUAUGCUUAUAUUUUAUUGAUAUAUUUUUAAAUAUAUUUUUAAUAGAUUAUCCCUAUAAGUGGGGAAAUGUAAUAGAAAAUAUAUUCGGAAUAUUUAAAGUUGUUUCAAUAUUUAAGGAAAAUUAUUUUACCAAUGCUUUAAACUAUGAUUAUAAUUCAACCAUAAAUUAUAUUACAAAAUUAAUGGAGUUUAAUGAUUCAACUUGUGAAAUUGGAAAUACAGAAAACAAAUAUAGGAUGGUGAUACAUUUCCAGAAUUUAUAUUCUUUAAUGUUUUUAUUGAAUAAAAUUUUAAAAAAAUACAUUCCUAGGAUACAAAAUCGUAACUAUUACUCCGUAUUAUAUCACAAUUAUUUUAUUUCUUAUAUAAACAAUGAUAAUAGAAAAUUACUAGAGACAGAUGAUUAUGGUAGCUUAAAAAUUCCAUGUGAAAAUUUAUUAUCGGGGUUUAAGGAUAUAAUAAAAAUAUAUUUCCCAUUUUUUAACAGACUACUUUAUUAUUUAUUAAAUUCUAUUAAUAAUAUGUAUGCUAUGUUUGCAGCAAAGAAAAUAAUAAAAUUUUUAUAUAAAGUCAUGUUAUGCCAUUAUAGUGAGCUUCCAGUAGAUGUAAUGAAUAAUGAGCUGGAAAUAUUAUUUCAUAAUAUAAGUAAAAUAAUUGAUAUAGAUUUAUCUGAAUAUGUAAACAAUUUAUAUUUUAUAAAUACUAAUGGAACGUCUGAAAUUGGUUUAAUAUCUGUGUCUAAAAUAACUGAAGAAUCGUCUUAUGAAAAUUUAUGUGAGUUGAUUGGUAGUCAAAAAAACAAUUUAGUUAAGUUGCUAUUAACAAUAAUAUUAAAAGCCAAAAAAUGGUGUUUAAAAAUUUUAAAUGUUUUUUUAUUUCGGUCUAUUCAUUUUGACGAAAUGAAUGAUACAUGGAAAAUAAUACUUAAAAAUUUUGAAAAUAAAUAUAUCAUAUUUUUAGAGAAAAUAUCAAUUUUAAUAUUAAAGGUAAUAAUAAAUACUACAUAUACUGACGAAGAAAAGGAGAAUCAUACCAAAUUAUUUAGUUAUAUCAAAUACAUAAUAAAUUUUACAGAUUAUAUAAAAUUUUCUGAUAAAUGUCUAUCUCUUUCAAUAAACUAUUUAUGUAUGAUAAUUUCAAUGAAGUCUUUACAAAAUUUCGUGAAACAAAAUAUAUUAAGUGAUGUUUUUCUAAAUUGGUUGUUUGUUCAUAUUAGCAGUAGUUCACACAUCGAAUGUAUUGACAAUUUUACAACGAAUCCGGGAAAGAAGGAAAAAGAUUCAUCAUUUGAUAAUUUAAAAUUCGAAAAAUAUAUAAUUUGGUUUCAUAAGAUCCCACUGUUCCGAAAAUUUUUAUUAAAUUAUUAUGAUGACACAAAAUCCAAGAAUAUACUGAAAAAAUAUGUGAAUUAUAUAUUUUUUUUGUUUUGUGAAUUGUUGGAUAAUUAUUUUUAUGAUAUAAUAUUUUAUUUAGAUAAAAAUAUGAAAGAUAAUUUAAGAAGAUGCUUAGUGAUUCAAAACGAGUAUAUGCAUUUGUUAUAUCCUAAAAUAUUUAUAAAUAAUGAAAUCAAAUUUACAGAUGGUGGUAUAGAAAUGGAAUGUAAUAAAAAGAGUAAUCUUUUAAUUAAUACUGAAAUAUGUAUGAGAACACAAAAUCAUAAUAUAUAUAUAUAUGAUGUAAUAUGCCAUAUUUCUGAAAUAAUAAAAAACCAUAUGAAAGAUAAUGGAAUAGAACAUACUAUCGAUUUUUCAUAUUUUUAUUCGUUAAAUAAUGAAUCAUUUAAUAAUCUAAUAUAUAUUAUUAAAAAUUUACCGUUAUACAAAUAUUCACAAGAAGAGUUAAUAUUUAAAGAUUUGUAUAGUAUGGAAAAUAAGCAUAAUAUAAAUUUGAGUUGUCUUAUUAUGAAUGAUAUAAAUUUGUACAAAUAUAUUUCUUUUUUUAUGUUUUUGAGUUAUUAUAAAUAUUCAUUUAUUAAAAAAAAAUUAGAACAAUUUAUAGAAGUAGAUACAGUUGUGAAAAAUAGCGAGAAAAACAAUGAUAAUUUUGGUGAAAGCUUUGGAAAUUUUGAUGAAUGUGAAAAAGAUGAUAAUAAAGAAAAGUUAAUGAUUGACGAUUAUAUAGAAGAGUAUUGCAAAAAUAAAAAUUGUUAUAUAGCAUACUUUGAAAAUAACGAAAUAACACAAUUUGAUACAAUAAUUAAUGAUUUUAAAAUAAAUGAUAAGUCAUUUUUUUUUAACUAUAUAUUAGUUAAUGGCUUUCAUCCUUAUUCGAAUAAUUUAAAGAGAAUUACAAUAUGGAUGCUUAAAGAAUAUGUUAAUAUGACAUGGUUUGAUGAAAAUACAUUACGAUUUUUCUUCUUUAUUUGUUUUAUCAAUUUAUUUUAUUUUGAAAAGCAUUUAAAAUUUAAAUCAUUUGAUACACUAAUUAACUUUAUGUAUAAAUUUGGUAUUCCAAGAAAAGCAUUUUAUGAUGAUUUUAGAGAAAUUUUCACAUUUUUAUUUUUUCAAUUAUUAAUAUUAUUUAUAAAAAAUGAAGCAAGUGCAGUUGAUAAUGCAUUUUACUGUGAUAAUAUAGAUGUGGUUUUAAAUGAAAAUAAUGAAAAGACAAGUCUUUUUAAAUAUAUAACAGAAGGGUCAAUAGAUAAAAGCUAUUUUGAUGAUAAUAUUGUUGUAUACAAAAAUUAUUUAUACAAUCAAAUGAAUUGGUUUAGUGACUUUUUUAUUAACAAUGUGCUAUAUAAUAAUUUUAAUUUUUAUAUGGAAAAAAUGGGGCAAAAAAAUUUAAACAAAUUCUUGAACUUUAUUUCUUUGUUUUAUCAAAUUGAAAUUAACAAUAAUAUCUUUUUAUUUAUAAGUUUAUUAAAUGACUCGUUAUUAGACACAAAAUCGAUUGCUAUAGAAAGGAACAAAACAGAAUACUCAUUUUUAAGAAUCUUGAAAUUUUUAUCUUUUUUCUUAGAAUAUUAUACAAAUGCAAGUAGUACUCAAGAUCUUUUAGUCAUGAAGAUAUUGCAGAAUAGUAAAUUUAUAACUCAUUUUAAAAAUAUUAUAAUGAAAAAGAAAAUGGAUGAUCAAAUAAACGAAGAGACAUUAAAUGAAAUUUAUUAUAUAUUAUAUAUUUUUACUAAAAAUUCAUUGUUUAAUUAUAAAAUAUUUUGGUUUUAUUUCUUGUAUUCGGUUGCUGGAAUAUCUAAUAGCUUGAAUAUAUUUCAAUUGAAGGAAAUAAAUAAAUUAGAAAAAAUACCACCAAAUCCUAUAUAUGCAUUUCAGUUUUUUAGUAAUGUAAUAAAAAGAGACAUACUAUAUUUUUUCUUUUCAUUAGCAGAAGAAAAGCCGUUUAACAAAAUUAAUAUUAAUAUAUCAUUAAUUGAAAUAUUUCGAAAAAUUUGUUUAUUAUUAAUUUGUUUAUCUGAUGAAAGUUUAAAUGAGCAAAAUUAUUGUAACAAUAGCACAUCACACAUAUGCGGCUUAUAUUUAUAUAAUAACUUGUUAUCCUAUUUUAUGAGUUUGCUAACUAAAAAUAAUAUAUUUUUCACAUAUUUAUUUUGGAAUGAAAUAAAAAGGUCUUAUGAUUUAAUUCAAGAUCAUGUAGAGAUGUAUGAUAUGGAUAAUGCUUCAAAUUAUUCAUUUAAAAAAUUUGAUGAAGGGAAUUACACAGAGAAAAACAUUGAUAGUAAUGAUUGUAUAUAUUUUGAUCAGUACAAUUUAUAUGAUAACACAAAAGAUAUAGACGAUGAUGAAAGUUUAUAUGAAAGAAUGCAAGAAGAUCCAUAUAUGGAUUUAGGUGAUGGAGUAUAUGUAGAUAUAGAGGAAGAAGAGGAAGAAAAUGGAAAAGAGAGAAAAUAUAAACAAAUUAGUAUUAAUUCUAAAAAUAGUGAAAUUAGUGAACCAAAUUUUAACUAUAUAGAUGAAAUAAGUAUCUCAUCGACUUUAUAUAGGAAAAAACAUGAAUCAAUAAACAAUGAAUCAAUAAAUAUGAUACCGGAUUUUAAAAGAGGGAAAGUAUUAUCUACAAUUUUAUUUUAUGAAGAGUUAAAAAAUUAUUUGAUUAAUAAAAAAAAGCGUCUAUCGAGAACAAAGGAUAGUUUAUUUAAUGGCCUUAAUAAUAUUAGUGUGAAUACUAAUAUGGAAAAUAAAAUACUGAAGUUGUUAAAUACUAUAUAUUUUAAUAUGUUUCUUUUAAAAGACAAGAAUAGCGAAUUCAUAAGAAAACUAAUUAAAACUUUAAAAUAUGUGAAUACAAAUUUGCAAUUAAAUUGUUCAGAUAAUGGAUAUAAUUUAUAUAGUGUAUUAUUAAUGAUUCAAAAAAAAAGGUAUAUAUAUCAAUCGUUUUCUAUGUAUAUUUUUAUCGACAUACAACAUUUUUUGAACACCUUAUUUAAUGAACAGAAUGGUGGUUCUAUUAUUGAUGAAUGGCUAAAUGAUAUUUUUUAUAUAUAUCAAAGCUCAGAUGAUUUGAAAUGCUUUAUUUAUUCUUUUACAAGCAUGCUAAUAUAUCUAUGUUUAUAUGAGAAAAAGAAGAGACUUUGUAAUGCUUCGAAAAAUGAUAAUAAAAAUUUAAAUACCGAACAAAUAGGAGAAGGGGAUAUGUUCAUUGGAAAGAGCAAAAUAAAGAAUAUAGGAGAGGAUGAAUAUAAAUCUGAUUUCUUUUUGAAAGAUGACAAUAUUAGUUUUGGUAAUAAUAGCAUCAAUAAUGAUAAAAGGAAUAGCAACAUGAACGAUUUGGACAAAAUUUUAGAAGGCAACAAUUUAGAGUAUUUUAACGUAGAUGCAAUUAAAAGCCUGAGGGAAAGAUUAGACAAAAUUACCAAAGCCAUAAUCAAUGCUGUUUUAAUACUUCCUAUUCCAUAUGAAGAUAAUGUAAAUAAAUUUAACAAACAUAUUCUUCGUAGAUUAGCACCAAUAUAUGCCGAAGGGGACAAUAUACAAAAUGAUAAUUUAUUGAAAUUUCUUAAUGAAAAUAAAGCAGAUAAUAAAUGUGAUAUUAGCUUCAAUGAUUUGCUAGAAAAUAUUGAAUUUAUGCAUUUAAGUGAUUAUGAGCAAAAGUUUUAUGAAAGAAAAAAUAUUAACAAUUAUUUAAAAUUUUCACAUAAAAAUAUUGUUCAUAUAAAUAAGUCCGAAGAUUUGAUAUUGUAUGGUAAAAAAUUAUCCGUAAAUUAUUACAUUCAAAAUACAAUUAAUGAUGGUUUUUUAAACAAACUAGUAUCAGAUUGUAACUUUGAAAAUUUUAAAAUAUCUUUAUAUAUACGUAAGACCUUUUCUUUAUUAACACAAGAAUUUUACUCUACUGAGAAUUUGAUUAACAUAGUUGAUAGUUCGGACAAAUAUUACAACUUUAUAAAUAUAAUUCUAAUGGAUAUAUAG